AUGGUAAUAGAUGCUGUUAUCCUUGUGCCACCUAUUUGCCGACCUAGUUUUACAAUUCUCUGUGGUUUGGUGACACUUGCCGUGAAAGCAGAGGUUGUGAGCAGCAAAGAACUCUGUGAGGGAAACAAGAUCAUAAAACCUACUAAUGGAAACAUAGAUAUAGAGAAGAGACAACUUCUUGUGAAACCCGGAGGCCUCAGGAAAGAAAACGCACAAUCAUUCCUUUACUGUGUGGAAGAGUCUAGUGGAGAAGUUCUGGGAUCAUUUUCUCUGAAUCUUCCCGAUAUUGUGGUGGAAAAUUCGGUCAGCGCCUAUGUAUAUGUCGUGGGUGACCUACUGGGAUCCGCGUUGCAGAAUUUGGACAACCUGCUUCAGAUGCCAUAUGGAUGUGGAGAACAAAAUAUGUUAACCACUUCUACCAUAGUAUAUGUUUUGCAAUAUCUCGAGGCCACAGGUCAACUGACCCCUGAAGUGAGAUCACAAGCUACAAGCUACCUCCAGAGUGGAUAUCAACGAGAGCUAAAUUAUAAACAUUCCGAUGGAUCAUAUAGUGCAUUUGGAGAGUCAGACGGUGAGGGCAGUACUUGGCUUACUGCUUUUGUAGUAAAGUGUUUUUCCCAAGGAAAGCGUUACAUAUUUGUUGACGAAGAUGUAAUCAACAUAGCCGUGGCAUGGCUUCGAUCCGUUCAGCAGAAUGAUGGAUGUUUUAGGAGCGUAGGGUUUGUUAUUCACACACUCAUGAAGGGAGGUGUAGAGGAUGAUGUGUCUCUAUCUGCAUAUAUCACUGCUGCACUACUAGAAAUGGGAAUACCUCAAAAUAACAUUAUCCUGGCCAACGCGAUGAACUGCGUAGGAAACAAAGUCUCUAAUCUGACAAAUCCUUACACUCAGGCUUUGCUAGCCUAUGCUUUCUCACUUGCCAAUGAUCUAACAAACAGGGCAAUUCUUCUGAACAAUCUGUAUCAAGUUGCAAACUCGUCAGGUGAUGAGACACACUGGGAGUAUAAACUGCAGUCUUCAGGAUCGGAAGGUGGAGUGUCAGCCAGUGUGGAGUUAAGCUCUUAUGUUCUGCUGGCUUUGGUCUCAGGUCCUAAUGUGACUACAGAAGAUAUUGAGAAAUCAUCACAUAUUGUGCAGUGGUUAAUCAAACAGCAGAACCCCAAUGGAGGCUUCUCAUCCACACAGGAUACAGUUGUGGCCAUUCAGGCACUGGCCAAAUACUUGCGUAUUACAUUUAGGAAAGAAUUGAAUGUGAAGGUGAAGGUGUCUGAUAAAAAUGGAUAUCAAAAAGAGUUCCAAGUGGAUUCACAGAACCGUCUUUUACAGCAAAGUGAUACCCUGCCACAUGUGCCUGGAGUGUAUUCUUUAGUUGUCACCGGCAAUGGUUGUGUCUACAUUCAGAGUGCCCUGAAAUACAACGUGUAUCCAGAAACCAGUCGCAUGACGUUUGACCUCAAAGUUUCUGCUUAUCGCUCACAUUGCAACAACCAGGGUCAAGAGCAAUUGCAGCUUGCUAUAUCAGUCAGCUACACUGGGAGUCGAAAAGAGUCUAAUAUGGUUCUCAUAGAAGUUGAAAUGCUGUCAGGAUUCAGCCCUGGUGGUAACAGAGCUUUAUCGAUCUACGUGUGA